GAGACGGCCACCCAAUUCCGACUGCUUGGUGGAACGAGUGAAUUGGAGCCGACGUCGUGGAUGAGCACCUACGCCCUGAGCGGACGCGAACGAGAGACCGCGCGCCUCGAGCGCUCGAUCGCCGAGCUGCGCCGCGUGGCCAGCCAGACGUACGAGCAGGACAAGGCCACGGACCUCCUCUCGCGGCUCCGCCAAGCCUCGUCCGGCGACAGCACAUAUAUCCAGGAAGACGCGACAUCGCGAUGGAACGCGCAGGUCCAGCCGACAUCUGACAUUAGCCCAUGGCCGCCGGCGCUGCGACCGCUGGUUUCGUCGCCCGGCGCCAAGUUUGGCCUCUUCAAAGCUCUCAAGCACGCAUGGCUCAUCGCUGGCCCGACCGUGUACCUCUGGGACUAUACGUCGUCCAAGGGCACCAUCGUCACGUGCCCCGCGAUGCCCGAUCCCGUGCUCGCAUGCGGCGUCACGCAGCCGCUGAGCGGCUCGCUGUUUAGCGACGUUGUCCAGCACCUUUUGGUGGUCGUCACCGAGACGGAAGUCCGCGUUCUCGCGUUGGUCGCUGACAAGACCACGGGUAGCUUCAAGGUGCAGGAUACGCUCAUGAACGCGCCGCUUCCGUCGACGACGCUGCUCUCGACAGUCGUGUGCACGCCGUCACGACGCAUCUUGCUCGGCGGCGUCGACGGCGCGCUCUACGAGUAUGUCUACCAUCCCCAUUUGCCCAAGCCGCCGACGACCGAGAAGGCGCGCUCGGUGCGCGUCGCCACGUCGCACUGGAACCAGUACCUCCCGCCGCUCGUGCGCGAUCUGCUCGCCCCCGCGCGGUCGGCGAUCACGCAGCUGCUCUACGACGACGCGCGCCACGUUAUCUACGCGCUGCAUUCGUCCGGACACGUCUCGGUCUACGAUGCGCGCACCAAGGACAUUGUAUGUGUCACGUACACGAUCAUCGACGCGUCCAUCGUGUCGCUGAGUCUCGUGAGUGACGGCGACGCGUCAAUCCACGCGGUCGCCAUCACGUCGGCGGGUGUCCGGCUCUUCCUCUCGACCUCGCAGACGCUGCACGGGCCGCCCGACACGUGCAUGGUUGUGUUUACGCGGCCGCCGCCGCCCUGCGUCACCGUUGUGGACCGUGCGGUCUAUGCGUCCGGCGUCUCGUUCUUUGGGCACAAGUCGACGCUCGUGUCGGCGGCGGCCGACGUGGGCCUCGCCACGUCGUACCGCGAGCUCGUACGGUCGCACGCGCUCCUUGGUGGGCACAUGGUCGUCGAAGAAACCUCGGUCGUCCUCGCUUCGCCCGCGGGGCUGCCGUCGCUCAAGCGCAGCGCGUCGGGCGCGUCUCUGCCGUCGUCACUGGACUUUUUACGCAUCAGCCGCCACGAACUCUCGACGCAGUUUACAUCGACGACGCCGCGGGCGUUUGUGUCGCUCUCGGAAGGCGGCGUGCAGUGCUGGCACAAGCAGCGCCCGCUCGACCACCUCCGGCACGUCCUCACGCACGCACCGGGUCCGCUCACGCGCUCGUCGCCCAUGGUCGCGUCGUACGGGCCCCAUGCAAUUGCGUGCAUGCUCUUUGCUCUGGCCUGCGAUCCAUCGCCGCCGCGCCCGCCGGCGCACCUCAUGUCGCUUGUGUUUGACAUUGGCGGCCACCCGGACGGCAGCGCGCACUCGGACCACUACAACGGCCUCGUGCGCGUCCUCGUGCGCUUUCUCAGCGGCAUUUGGCACGCCGCGCUUGCCAAGGCGACGACCAAGGGCGCGGCGUCGGCGACGUUUACGCCGGCCUUGUCGAAAGACGAGAUUGCGCGGCCACGCGAUUUGCUCUGUCGUCUCAAGCAGCUCUUGGAGCACGUGGCCGUGCCGUACGCUGUCGCGGUCCAUGCCACGUCGUCGUCGUCGUCCGAUGGUAGCAUGAUUGCGACCGAGCAGCGGGCGCUGCAGGACAUCCACGCGCUUCUCGGGCGCUGCAUUGGCGCGUGCGAAGGCCUCCUCUUGGUCUACGCGCACCCGACCGCGUUCAGCCAUGUGGCCAACCUUGCCUUCUACGACGUCGUGUGCACGGAGCUUGGCGCCAAGGCGCUCCAAGCUAUGCUGCGCGACGUCGCCAAAGAGACGCCGUUGGUGGUGCCGACCGCGCUCGCGCGCUGCAGUGCGUUUUUUACUUUGGUGGACGCUGGCGUGUUCCAGGGCACGGACGCGCUGACGCGGGCCAAGGCGGCGGCGACGCCGUCGGCGCGGGACGCUGCGUUGAACGAGUCGCUCACCAAGCUCGUGGCGGCGGCGCCCACGUGGCCCCCCACCGCCGAGACCAUCGAGCACCUUGGUCGCAUCGCCAAGGACUAUGAGCUCUGUUCGUUCUGGAAGGGCCUCGUGGGCCUCGCCGUGGCGGUCGCUGCGCGCUGGCCGCUGCACUCGGCCGACCAGAAGGCAUGCUACAGCGGUGUCCUGGAUGCCCUCGCGCACGUGGCCGAGCACAACGACGUGGCGUCGGCACAGUCGAUUGUCGGUCUUGUGGUCGGUACGACUGACGUGCACCUGCAACAAGUUGUGCUGGAAUGGGUCGUCUCGAAAGGGCACAAGACGUGGCUGCUUCACUGCCCAUUGACGCCGACAGUGCGGACGGUCUUGGCGGCCGACGUCGACUGGCUCGCCGCGCUCUGCUUGGAGCACCACGAGUACGAAGAGGCUGCGACGGUGCUCUGGAAGGCGGCGCAUGACGUCAGCGCCACGCACAGCAUUGGCGACCGCACGGCCUGGGUCGCACGCGCCCUCAGCAGCAUCCAGCACACAACCAACGCCCAGCACGCCAAGGACAUUCAAGAUGCACUCGACGUUUUUCAGACGCAGACGCGGCUGGCGACGGCGUUCCGGCAGCACAACCUCGGGUCCGACGCCGUGCGACACACACUCGAGUUUGAGAUUCUCGACAUGUCGACCUUGUACCACGAGUAUGCGAUGCCGUACGAGCGCUACGAAGACUGCCUCCGCAUCAUGCACGCGUGCCGCUUCUACGAACCCGAGACGAUUGUGAUGCUGUGGAAGAAGGCCUUGUACUCGCUGCUGCCGCAAGUCGCCGACCGCGACGCUGCUGCGCCCAUUGCCAAGUGGCUCGACGAGGCAUAUGCGGCCGCGGGCCUUGGCGACAUCGUGUCCAUGUCGAGUGCAUUUGAAGCCUGCGAGUGGACGCGGAGCGUGAGUCAUCUCGUUGUGUCGCUGGGCCGCGCGCUGCACCCGUCGCCGGUCUUUCCGAUCGAGUGGCUUAUCACGGAAGUCGAGACGAUCGCGAUGCACGCGUGGUCGCUCGGGCACCACACGUCGCCGUUCACGCCCGUGCAUCUGUUCGUCGACCUGGGCAUGCCGGCUUCGGACGUGCUGGCAUGGUACUUGCACCUCUUUGGCAGCAGCACGGACGCCGCAUUCAAGGUCCAGCUGCUCUGGAGCCUUCUGGCGCUGCGCCCGGGUGUCCCGACGUUGCCGUCGACGUACCAAGACACGAUGGCACAUGCCCGCAACUGGCUCGUCACGCACGCCCCCGACCAAGUGGACCUUGUCGCGCAGCUUCUCGCGUAGUGGGACUUGAAAGAUAAGAGGAGCCCUGUGAUUCACUUGGGUGCGUGGGUGUUGUGGGGCUUGUGCGUCUGCAAGCACACCGGACCGAAGCCAACCGC